UUCAGAUCAUUCCUCAUGUAUUUUGACCUUUGCAUGCAUCAUGUAUUGCAAUCUGCUCAUAUGAUAAAUGUGCUGUGGCAGGUAAAUCUAGUGUUUCCUUUAAAAUGCAGUGAAGUUGUAAAGUCUUGUUAAGUUUUUCUUUAUAAAUACAGCACUGUGCAUACAUUUCAGGCACCACCAGCUCUGUUGUUUUUUCUGUCUGUCAAAUUCUGUGAUCAUUGGACUUAAAGCUGGUCUUAUAUAUUAGCAAGCUGUCAAUGAGUUUAACUCAUGCAACAUGUGUAUGUAAUGCUCAGGCAUGUCUUGAAUAAACCUGGCGUAAUAGUUUUUUACAGCAGAUAUUUCUUUAAAUGAAACAGUAGGACAAACACAGGAUUUACGCUAAAUACUUGACACCUGUUGUUUUUUUGUUUUUUUUUCUGAAUUUUUUUUUUGUUUGUUUUUUUAACACCAAAAAACUGCAUACAUAUUUUCUGGAUGUGUUCCAGUAAAGUGAAAUAGAAAUAAUUCUCCUCUAUUGUCGUUAUAUAGCAUUGCUAAAACAACACAUCUAAUGGUGGCCAAAACUUUUGCACAGCACUGUAUGUCACAAAACCAUCUUCCCAUCAAUGUCACAGGACUUCAGACAUAGAGAUCAUGAGCCACUUCAGGAGAGACAGUGGAGACCGAGCAGCAAACGCCUUCCAGUUUGGUUCAGUGUUUCAGUGCAUUAUCGAGGAGAUGGAUCAAGAAGAUCUGAUAGAUGUAGCCCACGCUGCUCUCAAUCAAAUGCUGGCAGCUCCACCCAACCCUCUCCGUGCUGUCCCUGCAGUAGAGUUUGAAUUUAACAACACCGCUCAGCCAGUGAAUGAAGACCUGAAUGGAGUUUAUGAUAGCUACCUUCCCAUGGAGGCAGCUACACUUGGCUUUGAGCAUCCUUUUACAGCUGCAGCAACACUAAGUGUUGAACAGCCUGUUCCCAACAGCUACUAUCUAAAUACCAUGUCAGAUGACCUAUACAACCAUGGCCAGCACCUUCCAUAUCAGUGGCCUGAAUAUGACGCUCCUCCAGCAGCCAUCAGAGCUCCUCCACUCUCGAAUCUGCCGUCAGUGAUGCCGCAAGGUCAGGAGCAGAACAUGAAAUCUGUUGGGAUGGUUUCUAUGAGUUCCCAUGAGUUUCCACACAGAAAACGCAGGUGUAAAGGUCAACAGGUAGACGAUCAGCCCUAUGUGAAGAAGCCUCCCAACGCUUUCAUGCUGUUCAUGAAGGAGCACAGGGCAAAUGUUGUGGAGGAGCUCAAGUUGAGUGAUAAUGCAAUGGUGAACAUGGCCCUUGGCGAUCGGUGGAGGGUCAUGUCCGACACACAACAGGCCAAAUACUACGAGGAAGCUGAAAGGCUGAGGAAACUCCACGCAGAAAAAUAUCCAUGGUGGACGACCCGUGACAACUACGGCAAAAAGAGGAAAAGGAUCAGGAGGAGGUGCCCCGUUAUUUGUGAAGAGGACGAAGAAGAAGAAGAAGGUGGAGAAGAAGAAGAAGAAGAGGAAGAAGAAGAAGAAGAAGCAGUCUGAGGCCCCAUACAUACCCCCUCCUCCCAUCAUUGCACUUAUUUUACUAAAAAGUCAUAUUGAGAUUCAGAAUAUCUUUCAAGUGAGAACUAAAUCUAGUCAGUGUAUAUUAAUUUAAAUAUGUAAAUAAAUAUGGUGACAUUUUACAUGUUGGUGUCUAUUAGCAAUUAAUAGUAUCUUUCCAGUGGUUGAGAGGCUCUUUCCUCCCCAUCCUCCCACUACAUGUAUAUCAACAUGCUACCCUCUUAUUUCUAUUGUAAUGACGAAGUAAUAGAUUGGUAAGAACAACAGGAAAUGUGUGUAGGACAUAAGAUAUGCUUGUGGUAUGUUCAUGCAAUAUCGGAAACUGAGAAAGAUCGGCAUGAGCUGAUCAAUGUGAAGGUGGAAAGCGCAAUAACACAGAGGGCCAUGGUUGGGCUGCGCUCCGACGUCUCCACAACCCUCGAGCAUGUGAAAAGAAUGGAGAAGCAAAGCGAGGCGAAUCCUACAGAUGAGAUGGAUGACUAAAGGAAAAAAAAAACAAAAAAACAAAAAACAA